UCUGUUUCAAUCCGCAAGGAAGUUAGACGUUAACUAUAAGGCACGUGCUUCGUUUGCAAAAAAGGCAAUGACAAGGAACUCCUUUCUCGCAAUGCUGACUAUUUGGAUGGCCGUCUUAGGGUUGCCCUGUUCGGCCAAGAUGUACGACUUCAACAGCUGCAUUUACAACGAGAACGAUCGAGAUAUAGUUGCCAACUGUUCGAAAGGAAACUUCACUGAUGUGCCCCAAGGAUUUGUUGAAAACGUGACUGUCAUCGACUUGUCACAGAAUGAAAUAACAAGCAUUGAGAAUAUGUCCUUUCCUUAUAUUUUGAAGGUACACACACUCAGUAUGUAUUGGAAUAGUCUUACUCAUCUAGACAGAGAUUCACUCAAGAACUUACCACACCUUUCGAAACUUGACCUCAGAGGAAACAAGAUAAACUGUACGUCUUCAUCGUUACCGCCAGGCCUCUUCAGAGGUCUUCCACUUAAACGCCUUUUAUUGAGUGACAUGAACAUAAAUCAGAUUUAUGAUGAUUUGGAGUAUGCAGUAUUUCAUGAUCUCAAUCAACUCGAAGAACUUGCUAUCGAUUUGCCUCCAAACCCAACAUUUGGUGUCGGAUUUGGCAGUUUGACAAAUUUAAGCACUUUAACCGUUAGGUAUUGUCAAAGGAAUAACCUUAAUACAAGUGCAUUUGAGGUUUUCACAAAAUUUAAUCUUACAGCAUUUCAGAUAAAUGCAUGUAAUAAGGGGCAGGUAGAUACAAAUAUAACUGAUGUGUUUCCAUAUUUAGAUAUCUUAGAUAUUAGGAACACAGUCAACACUGAUUUAUCUCAGCGAUUGAUAAAUCUCAAUAAUUAUGAAAAUGCAUCCAUGCAACGAAUUUCUUUCUUAGCAAACACCGCAAGAUAUGGAGACAGAACUGAGCAAUGUUUCACGCUAUCCAAAAAAUAUACACGUUUUCUUGUCACAAUGUGUGUUUCAGAAGUGUAUCUGGUAGGCAACAGAAUACGCAUAAUUGAUGGAGGAGCUUUGAUUCAACCUCCAUUUUCCCAAUGCCUUCGUGUUUUAGAUCUCAGUCACAACAUGAUUCUGGAAGAGUAUCAUCUACUUCAAACCCUUUUCUUUUUCACACAUUUGGUAUCAUUUCACUUUGAACAAUACGAGAAAGAUCUUAAACAAUAUAAUGACUAUAUAUACAAUUUCUAUGACUCAUAUUCAAUUUUUCAAGAUACGAAUGGGAUGGUAUGGCCAGAAAAUGAACCUCAAACAUGUGUUUUCUCAGUCAGUGCUGAGACACGAGACAGUGAAGUCAAUCCCCAAAGUGAAAGUAAUGUACCAGCGUAUCUGAUGUUGGCAUUUCCACGAAACCUAACCUCACUUUAUUUUGCACCAGCAUUAAGACCUUUUGUUGAUAUCAAACAUGAAGUGUAUUUCCUUGGUACUGAAAGGUGGUCAAAAGUUGUAUUUUCUAAUUGUUCAGUAGUUGUAUAUAAUGUUACUAGUAUCUUUGGAAUGAGGAACCUUCAAAGCUUGGAAUUUUCCGGAAAUGGAUUUAUUGGAUCCCCAACGACAUUGAUGAAAUCCUUUCCCAACAUUAAAAAUCUAUCAUUAAAUCGUAUCACAAAGGGAUUUAAGUGUAUCGAUAACAACAUAGAAUCGGUAUUGGGGCACUUUCAACAUCUUCAGAACCUGCAUCUGUUAGAUAAUGACCUUACUGAUUUGCCAAGAAAUGUGGAGAAAAUAACAAAUAUCAGAUUAAUAGAUGUCUCGUAUAACUCAAUAAAAGAGCUGAGUGUGGGAACAAGAAAGAGAUUAGACGCUGUGGCUCAGAAGAAAAAUAUAUCGGUUAAUCUUCGAGGGAAUGUUCUGUCAUGUGGGUGUAGUUCUCUUGAAUUUAUUUCAUGGUCAAUGGAUUCACUCGUACACUUCGUUGACGGUCAUCAUUACAUGUGUCGAAAUGAUAAUGGGGAAAUUAUUCACAUAACAAAUAUUGCAGAUUCAUACAUGAAAAUAUGGAGGUCGUGCUUUUCUUUCUUUUGGCUUUUAUUUUCAAUAUGUCUCUUUUUCCUUCUUUUCUUAGGAUUUUCUCUAAGUCUUCAUAUUGCAAGAAAUGUAAAUUUGUUAAAGCGAUGGAGUGUCAAAUGGUUAGGUUUGGACUUCCAACUACAUUUUAAGUAUGAUGUAUUUGUCUACCAUUCAUCAAAGGACGACCGUCGGUGGGUGUGCAGCACCUUGAAGCAAAAGCUGGAAGAUGAAAGAGAUCUUCGUCUCUGUAUUCCGGACAGAGACUUCGAGCCCGGAGUCUACACGUGUGAGGAGGUUCUGGGCGCCAUCAACAACAGCUGGAAGACUAUAAUCUAUCUGACUCAGACCUUCCUGGAAGACGAGCUCUGUUCCUUCAGGCUUUCUUCUGCCGUUUAUCUUGGCGAUAAUCUGAAAUCUGACAGAUUUAUCAUCCUUUUUUCGGACGCGGUCUUCCGUCAUCCAUUGCCACCUAUCAUUAAUCAACUUCUGGAUGAAGAUAACAGGUUUCCUUUGGAGAAGUUUCAUAAGAGUUCCUUAUGGGAUCAGCUUCACAGCAGGAUACUGAGUAAGGAUUGACAAUCGCAAUGGAGCCUCUGGUGACGGAUUCAAGUAGUGUAUAGAGGGGAUCAUUCUGAACAUUGUUAUGAAGUGUUACUGAUAAUUGCAUACGUUUUUGUAAAUGUAUGUCAGAAUUAAUUGCUCACACUAGACAUAUUGUAAAAUAAUCUGUGCUCCUGAAACAUAACAUGUUUCAGUUGAUUAUCGUUACACAAUGACUGGCGUUAGCGAUGAUAUCAAGUUAAUCAUGAAAUGUAAGUUAUUCAACUUGCAGUUUAAUCAUAAACUCGGUUAGGCUUUACUCAUUCCGCGUCUGGAUAGAACGUCUACCUGGAGAGCAAAAGAUCUGAGGCUCGAUGCUCUGGCCGAAAGACGUUAAGAGAAGUUGUUUCCGUGAAUGGCGCUCGUCAAUAAGGGAACAAAACGAGGACUGGUCGUCUGUGAGUCAGUAUAAAGUAUCUGAGUGGAGUGUCCUUGUUACACUGUGGCAUGGUAUCUUGUGCAGAUAUUGUGUACUUUUUUUCGCAAGGUUCUACCCUGUACACUUCAAGCCCCCUCUCCACCGACAGCCUUCAUAUGAAAAACGAGUGAGUGAGUGAGUUGGGUUUAUCGCCGCUUUUAACAGUAAUCCAGUUAUAUCGCGGCGUGUCAGCUUAAUGUGGGAGGAAAGCCCGAAGUGAUGCAGGUU